AAUUAUUUUUAUACCACGCGCAAAUUGCUAAUUAAACUAUGUCACAAAGUGACAUUUCUUGACAUUUGAGUUGCCAUCAACAUGGAAUCAUAUAGUGGAUUUAAAAGUAAAGAAAAUGGAUAUGAAUGUGAUUGUAGCACAGACAAAGUUGAGAAGGUUUCACACCUCAACAACGAGUUAAAAAUUUUGUGUGAACAAAACAAGGAAUUGAAAAAUCUACUGCAGAUUGAACGAAGAAAAUCGGAAUCCUUACGAGAAGAAUUAAGACUUGGAAGGCCAAUUGAUACAGAAGAGAUUUCGGAAAAUUUCAUCGAACAUAUCAUGAUAAUGAUGAAAGAAAAGUUAGAGGAAAAAGAAAACCAUUUCGUACAUCUCGAGGGCAAACUUAAAAUGAUGAGUGACAAAAUUGCCUCGCAAGAGGAGCAAUUGACGCAAAACGCGUUGGAACAUGAGCAACAAGUUAAACAUCUUCAUCAUUUACUUGCAGAAGAGCGACAUUUGAAUAAUGUCUUGAGUGAAGAAAGCGAUCAAGUUGUCCGUGAUUUAGAAACAAAACUUCAGCAAAAAGUUAAAUUGAACGCAGAAAUGAAAAAUACACAAAAGGAAAUGACUGAACGGUUAAGCGCUAUGGAAGGACAAUGUCAGUUUUACAGGGAGAGAUGUGAUAACAAGAAGAACGUCCAUGUAAUAAGAAAAGAAGAUUUGGCAUGUCAAGUAAAAGAAGAAGACUUUGAACAUUUUCAAAGACAAGAGCAGCAAGAGUUUUAUAAUGAUGAAUUCCUUAACCAUAUCUUCAUGCAGCUUUGGGAAGAAAGUUUUCCUGAAGUUUCGAAAAUGAAUAGUAUGAAGCAUUACAAAAUAUCUAUCUUUAAAACGAUAAGAAAUGGCUUACAAAAAUUCCUAUUGGAUAUUUGACUUUCGAUAGUUAACUAUUUUUAAUUUUCAAUUGUGUUCAAUUGUAUAAAAUUAUUUAUGUUAUUUCAUUAUUAAAAAUUAUCACA